CCCACUCCGUCCUACCCUUCAUCCAGACUUCAUAAUUGGCCCUCUCACAUUGGCGGUUUUGACCUUUAUCUUUUGUUUAAAAAAAACAUUGCAGGUGAAGCAACAUAUUAAGGCCUUUUCGCUCUUGAUUGCUAAAAUGCCUAUCCGGGUCGACCUACAAGAUAAAGUGCAAGACCAAACGCGUUCUCCCCGGCCUCAGCCACCCAAACCAUCGUCAAUUCUCCGUCGACGCGAUGAUCCAGCGGAUGAUCUCUUCUGCCCAGCACAGCGAUAUCAACCUCUAAAAAGGAAACGAGCCCGAGAUGGCUAUGGCAACAUUGGAAGCGAAAAGAAAAGGAAGGCGGACAUCAUCCACCGCCCAGAAUUCCAGGGCAUCAUCAGGAGUACCUUUGGAGAUCUGUCGCCGACUCCAGUUGUCCCACACGGAGUACCAUUCAUCAGACUCAUAGUUGGCGCAUUUGAGAGGGGCAUAAAUCUGGCUUUGCGGCCGGACGAUGUUUGGCUCGCAAUUAUGGCGCAAGUUGGGCGGAUGCUCAAAGGAAGCUUGAAUCUCAGAGGGAAGUAUCUCACUGAGUGGGAUGCAGAUCGCUAUAUGAUGAUCACUUUCGACAAACGCUCUCACCACUCUAGCACCGACAAUCAUAUCAAUGCAAUGCUCAACGAAGAAGCCGACCUCUCCGAUUAUCGCCUCGUCGACGACAGCAGAUACGAUUCGAACUUCAUAGACGGGAUGCCGCUGCAAGGAAAUAGCUCGGUAUUCAAUGCCAGCGUCAAGGACAUUGAAAAAGAACUACAUAAAGAAGUCGGCCUUAAUAUCGAGGAUGAAGAGUUCAAAAAAUGGGUCGCAUUGGAUUUCAGUACUUCCACCGACGCAGAUCGAAUUGCAGGGGAGGUCAGCCUCUUUGGAGCCGCCGGACCGCGUAACGCAUUCCCGCUAUCCGCGACGACCUCCUGCCCUCCGUCGAUCCAACUCCUCGGAACCCUCAAGGACUGGGUCGAAAUCCUGCGCCGCGUCAAGCAAAUGCCACAAAUGCACUACAAAUUCGGCGAAUGGAAUUCCUUGCUAGAGCCGAUCAUCUUCCGCAUCGUCCAUUCGCUCGAACGGCCGGAGUCCGAAAAAUACAAGAAUUUCUGGAAGGCGGCAUAUCACCCGAUCGUCGAUCGAAGCACUCGCACCGUCCGGCUCGUGUCGGGAUGGAUCACCGUGUUCAACUACUGGGACGAGGAAGGGAAACGGGUGAAUCAUUUCUCGACCCCAAAGCUGCUAGCCGCACCGACUCUGUACAAGUUGCCCAAGGUGUAUGACGUGCCGUGGGCGGAUCGAUCGAUUCUGGCAGACGCCAUGCCGAAGAAAGUGAUCGGUAUGCCGGUGGUAGUGGCACAGGAUAAUCCCGACGGUCUCCAACAUUUCAUAGUUGUGUCCGGAUGCAGGGUCACCCCACGAAAAGGAGUGGACGAUGAAUCGGUAGUCGGCAACACCGAAUCUGGCUGGUGGUUGCUGAAAGUUUCGCUCAAUCCUACCGAUCGAAAGAGCGAAUUCUAGAGAAUUUUGGAAGUCUACCACAGGGUGUCCAUGGCACCUGUUCGGGGAAAGAAGUUGGGUUUUGGGAUUGUUGAGUCUCAUUUCAUGCCUGUACGCCGUGUUUGAGCCUCUGCAUGUGCCUUGCAACCAGAUAGACUCGGAGAUUGAAACGGUCUUGACCCUUCUAUGCUUUUGAUUUCCGCUACGCUAUGUAAACUGCUCUUAAGCACCCAAAUGCCUGGAACUGCCCUUAACGCCUUGGAGGAGGACCGCCUC